UUAAAUGACGUACGACGGAGUUCGUGUCACAUAACCUAAAUUUUCCCUGGCGUCUGUUUUCAGUUGCUGACGUUUGUUUUCGUUCAUCAGGUGAUAAUUCAAUAUUAAAACUCGUGUUUGAAGAUGCCGAAGGUGAGGAGAAGUAAAAAAUCACCCCCAGAGGGUUGGGAAUUAAUCGAACCGACUCUGGAAGAAUUGGAGCAAAAAAUGAGAGAAGCGGAAACCGAGCCCCAUGAAGGCAAACGAAAACAGGAGUCUCUCUGGCCAAUUUUUAAAAUACACCAUCAAAAAUCUAGAUACAUCUAUGACCUAUUUUACAGGAGAAAAGCUAUCAGCAGAGAAUUGUAUGACUAUUGCCUGAAUGAGAAAAUAGCUGACAAAAAUCUCAUUGCUAAGUGGAAGAAGGUGGGAUACGAAAAUCUCUGCUGUUUGCGGUGUAUUCAAACAAGAGACACGAAUUUUGGAACGAAUUGCAUAUGUCGUGUGCCCAAAGGAAAAUUAGAAGAAGGAAGAAUUGUCGAGUGCAUCCACUGUGGAUGCCGUGGUUGUUCUGGAUAAUUUUAGAAAUAUUUUCAAUGACUUGGGAAUUAUUUCCCCAAUAGAUUCACUUUGUAAAUAAUACGAAACGAAUAAAUCCCACUUUUUUGUAUUAA